AUGCCACACUCGGAAUCUCCGCAAGGGUCUCCCGCUCGCGACCAUGAUGAGGAGAUUCUUCCCGAUGCCCCUACGGCAGAGGUAUCUACAGAAGACAAGGUACCGGCCGCGCGCGAGAACCAGACAACUGGAGUGCGGCUGGAGGACAUGUUCAGUGAUUCAGAAGAUGAUGAAGAAUUCCCAACAUCCAGCGCUCCGAACCCGAAAAUUUCGAUCGGUGCAGCUGUGGCAGAAUCCACCCCGCAAUCGGCUCAGGUCGACACUGAUAUAAUGCUUGCCUUCUACCAGCGUCUCUUCCCAUUCCGCUAUCUAUUUCAAUGGUUGAACCACGGGAUUAUUCCCUCGCCGGACUUCGGCAACCGUGAAUUUGCACUCACUCUUCAGAAUGAUGCUUAUCUUCGAUAUCAAUCAUAUGCGACGGCAGAUUUGUUCCGUAAGGAUAUCUUGAGGAUGAACCCCUCGCGUUUUGAGAUCGGCCCCGUCUACAACGCAAACCCCCGGGACCGCAAAACAUUACGCGGUGGUCAGAUGAAGCCGGUCUCCAAAGAACUGGUUUUCGAUAUCGAUUUAACAGAUUACGACGAUAUUCGUUCUUGCUGUGAAAAGGCAAAUAUCUGCCGGAAAUGCUGGGCCUUUGUGACCAUGGCCAUCAAAGUUAUCGAUACAGCAUUGCGGGAGGACUUUGGUUUCGAACACAUUCUCUGGGUAUACUCAGGACGUCGUGGUGCCCACGCUUGGGUGUGCGAUCCGCGUGCGCGCAGCCUUCCGGAUGAUCGACGAAGAGCCAUCGCUGGCUACCUCGAAGUUGUGAGAGGAGGAGCGCAGAGCGGGAAGCGCGUGAAUAUGAAACGGCCGCUGCAUCCGCACAUGUCCCGCAGCUUGGACAUCCUCGCACCGUUCUUCGCUGAGACUACGCUUGUGGACCAGGAUACGUUCGGAAGCUCAGAGCAAGCAGAGCGACUCCUUGCAUUACUUCCUGACAAGGAGCUCAAUACGGCCCUGCGCAAGAAAUGGAAUUCAUCUCCAAACCGGUCCAGCACCAGCAAAUGGGCCGAUAUCGAUGCACUUGCCAGCACGGGUAGAAGCAACACACUCAAUACGUCCGCAUUACUGGACGCCAAACAGGAUGUCGUUCUGGAAUACACCUAUCCACGCCUGGAUGCCGAAGUCAGCAAGAAAAUGAUCCAUUUGCUCAAGAGUCCCUUCGUCGUGCACCCAGGCACCGGUCGUGUCUGUGUUCCCCUCGACGCAAAGAAAGCUGAGGAUUUUGAUCCCCUUUCGGUUCCGACAGUCACCGAAUUGCUGGCAGAGAUCGAUGCCUGGGAUGCGGAACACUCAAACGGCAACGCAACUACCGAAGAUGCCGAGGGUGAAGGAAAUGGUUCCCAAGGUAACCGCAAGCUGCAAGACUACGAGAAGACGAGCUUGAAGCCGUAUAUUGAUUACUUCCGCUCGUUUAUCGCUGCGCUGAACAAAGAGGAGCGGGGGAAUAAACGCGGGAGCGAGGAUGCCGUUGAGGUCAAAUCCGACAGCAUGGAGUUCUGA